AUGAUUGAUCCGAGUUGUUCGCAGAUGUUUGCUGUGGCUCAAUUUUUCGAGAAGCAGCAGCUGCGUGUCCUGGCUGUUCCAGUUUCGUGGAUGCACGACGGCUAUCUGAUGUGGCCUAAGCUUCCCUCCAACGACAAGCUGGAGAAGCUGCGUACUGGUGGAAUUGAAUUUCAUGGUUCCACAAAAAAGAUUCCUGCCAUUAUGGGUCGUAAAUAUAAAAGCCUACAAGCCGCGGAAGCUGCUGCUGAAGACCUACUUAAGCAGGAAGUAUCGGACAUCGAAGCUAAGCGGAAUUGCAAACACUAUCGCAUCAGGGACAGAUUCCUGGAACUGAAAAAAAACGAACCACCUCGUCAUAUACUGCAAACGAAGGAUUUCGAUACUCGGCCAAUGGGAUUGGCCAAACCUACCAUAUCAAUCCAAACUGAGCAAUCACUGGAUCCAGGUGGUCCUGAUGUGACUUCGGCCGCUCUAUUAGAGCUUUCAGAUGAUCAACCGGCAUUUCAGUCUAUAUUUCUGACUGAUGAGAACAUCAUUUACAUCAACCCACCGUCAAACAAUUCUGGAGCCGCAGGAGAACUAGGCAACCCUGUAGAUUCGUUAGGCGAAAUAACAAGCGUUGUGACAUCGUUGAAGUCCAACAUAACAGAGCUGGGCUCUGCAGUAACCACCUUGAGGACUGAAGUGACGGAUAUGAGGAACGAAAUGAUUCAAAUGAAGCUAGAUAUUAUCGAGGGCAUUAAAACAUCGAUUCGACAAGUGGUUGAAGAUUGUUUGGACAAAAGCUUCCCGCGUUUUGCUACAAUGCUCCAUAUGGAUUGUAGAGAUGAAUCUAAGCCACAAGCAGGGAAUUCAGUUGAAGAACAUAGACACAUAAACGACAAGGACGACUUAAUCAACUUCAAUAAAAUGUUGGCCAACGAACAUGUAUUUGAGGAAUACAUCAAAUAUUUCACAAAAAUUAUUCCCCCUACUAGUUACUACGAAAAAGGUGAUUCUGCAUGCUAUAUUAUUGUGGACUGUCUUUUCACACGACCGUUUUGGAAUAAUUUUACUUGGACCGGAAUCAACCGAGGAAAUAAGUCAAAAAGAGGUUUUCGCGAAUUUGCCAAUGUUCUACAACUUCUCUUUGCAAUAGAAAGCAUCGGUGACCCAACGUAUACGAGAAUUAAAUCGGAAUCAUUUUGCAAGAAUCGACUUUUCCGCUACUCGAAAGCAAGGUCUUCUAGUAAGCAGUUGCGCAGAUCCACGUGUCGCCGCACACGAGUGAAAGGCGAUCAUUCUAACCAAGAGUCAAUUGAUGCUGCUGUAGUUGACGAUGUCGAGGAUGGUGAUGGACUGAUUGAUAAUAUUACAGCUGAUUCAACUGACCACGAAGAGUCAGAUGAAGAUUCGCAUAUGGAUAUUGACAUGGCAUCUCGUGUCGAAGUUUUGAUCAAUUAA